GCCAGUUAAUACCUGAGCCUUUCCAGCGUUUACUCUCGUCCAGCAGCAGCACGCAGACCUAACGAGCAACAUUAGUAUCCAUCCACGUUAGGAGUUAACAUGCCCCCAGUGAAGAUCGAGACUUCAGAUGAUGCUAGGUCUGCUGACAAUGGCAAGGCCAAGGAAUGCAUGACCUCAGCAUUAAAGGGACUAGAGACGAUUGAGCCUCUAGUCCGCUCCGUAGAAGAGACCCCUGAGCCAAUCUCCACUGAAGUAAAAGGCACCAUUCCCUCCUGGAUCAAUGGCAAACUCCUCCGCAACGGCCCCGGGAAGUUUGAGUUUGGAAACACACACUACAACCACUGGUUUGACGGGAUGGCCAUGCUGCACCAGUUCAAGAUGGAGAACGGUCAGGUGACGUACAUGAGUCGGUUUCUGCACAGCGAUGCCUACAAGAACAAUUGUCAAAAGGACCGCAUCGUGAUGUCAGAGUUCGGUACCCUCGCCAUGCCCGACCCCUGUAAAAACUUCUUCCAGCGCUUCCUGUCUCGCUUUGAGAUGAUGGUGCCCACGGACAACGCCAGUGUGAGCUUUGUGAAGUACAAGGGGGACUACUUUGUCAGCACAGAGACUAAUUUUAUGCAUAAAGUGAACCCAGAGACCUUAGAAACAUUGGAAAAGGUAGACUGGAGCAAAUUCAUUGCUGUAAAUGGAGCCACUGCCCACCCACACUCUGACCCUGAUGGUACCACCUACAAUAUGGGCAACUCCUAUGGAAGCAAAGGAGCCCUGUACAACAUCAUCAGAGUGCCUCCUGAGAAGACAGAUGUCAAAGACACCCUACAAGGAGCCAAAGUACUCUGCUCCAUUGUGCCUGCCAACAAGUCACAUCCUUCCUACUACCACAGCUUUGCCAUGUCUGAGAACUACGUGGUGUUCGUUGAGCAGCCGAUUAAGAUGGACCUGCUGAAGAUCGUCACGUGCAAGCUGAGGGGGAAGGCUUUGAGUGACGGCAUCUACUGGGAUCCCAAACAGGAAACUGUCUUCCAUCUCGUUGACAAGAAAUCAGGCGAGGUCAGCUCGGUGAAGUACCACACCAAAGCCAUCUCCACCUUCCAUCAGAUCAACGCCUUCGAGGAAGAUGGAUUCCUGAUGCUCGACAUGUGCUGCUCAGACGACGGCCAAGCCAUCAACAACUACCUCAUCCAGAACUUACGCAAGUCGGGCGAAGCAUUAGACGAGGUGUACAACACCAUGAGCAGGGUUUUCCCUCGGCGUUUUGUUCUUCCCCUCCACGUGACUGCUGAAACCCCAACAGACCAGAACCUGAACACACGGCCCUCCAGUGCAGCAACAUGUGUCAAAAUCAGCAAAGAGAAGGUGUUCUGCCAACACGAGGAUCUCCAUGGCGACGACCUGAGCGAGUAUGGUGGCCUGGAGUUCCCUCAGAUCAACUAUGGGAAAUAUAACACACGGCCAUACCGUUAUUUCUAUGGCUGUGGCUUCAGACACCUGGUGGGAGACUCACUGCUUAAGAUGGACCUGAAGGACAAGUCGAUCAAGGUUUGGUACCAGAAGGGUUUCUUCCCGUCAGAGCCUGUGUUUGUGCCGUCACCUGACGCCGUGGACGAGGACGAUGGUGUCAUCCUCUCUGUGGUUCUCACCCCCUCACAGGAUAAAGGAACAUUCCUUUUAGUUUUGGAUGCAAAGAGCUUUGAAGAAGUGGCAAGAGCCUACGUGCCUGUUAACAUGGCUUAUGGCUUCCACGGUACCUUUGACGUCUCUGCAUAGACCUGGUUCUGUUUCAUUCAAAGUGUUUCUUCAAUGAAUGUACUACCAAAAAUGCCAAACUCAGCAGUAUCCAUUACAACCACUAUAUUCCUGAUGGUACUGAAUUUUUGUUGCACUAUAUGAAGUAAGAUGCAGUGUUGGGUUAAGCUUGUUUCCACUACAUGGUACUCACUUUUUUUUACCAGGUUGUUUUCCUCUAUGCCGUGUUUUCACCUCAAAGUAUUGCCUCAGUUUAGGCGGGAUUAUCAGUUGAUCGCUGUAGCAACGGUGCGUGAAACUGCUGUGACGUCAUCCUAAGCGAUAUACUUGCUGAAUAAAUUCAAUGGCAACCAAACAAAGGAACUUCUGCACAAUUGUAAAGCGUGGUGUAUGUUUUUUGGAGUUUAUGUCGUAGUUUUGUAAGCCAUUUUUUCUUUUUUAAAUCAGGGUUGAAUGAAUAAAAAAAAUUGUGGUCGCUAUUGACUGUAGCUUUGCUACUUAAAUGGACAGUGUGUAGGAUUUGGUGGCAUCUGGCAGUGUGGUUACAGAUUGGCCGUCCUUUCCAUAAUAACAAUACUUUCAGAGCAACGGAAGUCAGAGGACAGCUGUCGGUACCAGGGUUUUGCACUCUAAGGUUUCACAAACGAGUCUCAGAACUACGUGUUUGGUUUGUCCGUUCUGGGCUUUUGUUAAAAAAUGGCGGUGCAACAUGGCAGACAACUUUUCUUAACUUCAGGUGCUUAUACAUUGAACUGAAGUGAUUACAUUAAAACAUAGCAUAUUAUAUUCCAUUUCUACUAAUAGAUCUCCCUAAAUGCUACACACUGGCCCCUUUAAAAAUGAAUGGUUUGUGCAAUUGAUGUAUAAAGAGAACUGGUUACCGCGUCAGAGGCGGCGCCCCGGUAAUCCCUAUGAAAGUUGCUCAUGAAGCAAGAAAAGUUUGACUUAAGAGUAUAGAGUUCAGCUAAAAAUACCCGGGUCUUCUGUAUCAUGGGGCACACAGAGCAGGCACACUAGCAUUUCCUUUAACCCCCCCUCCUUAACUUUUACUAUCUAAUGGUUAAAAGUGUCUCUCCCAAUGCUUUACUGACUGAAUGUUGUGGUACUUUUCUAAACUGAUACUUGGUUUGUAGUAACAUCCAAAACAAGGUUAAUGGCAUUAAGAGCCCAAAUAAACUCGAAGAUACUUAUAAUGUUACAUAAUUAUUGUUAUAAUACUCAGCCUUAAACUGGUACUUGUGACUUAUUAAACUGUAGCAUCGAACUUGUGAUUUCAGGUUGCAUGAUGUUUCAAGUGCCAAAUUAACAAUGUAUUUUGUUUUUACAGAGUUUAUACUUAUUUUAUACUAAUUUUCCAAUAAAAUACUUUACCUCCAUCUGAGCUGUCAAGUGUUUUUACAAAGUUGUGGAGUGUCUGUGCAUCCGAUAUAAACAGAUAAUGUUCAGAAUAUGCUUUUAUAUAAAAACAUGUUUCAUAAUUUUAUCAUUUAUAUUGCCUCAAUGUAUUAUACAGAGAAAGAAUGGAUUCCCAAUAUCUCUAGAUGG